ACCUAAAAACCCUAGCAUUUUGAUCAGAGCCCAAAACCUCAGAGACAGUUCACCAUGAGCCUCAUCGCAGGCUCCUACGAGCGAUUCAUAUGGGGUUUCAAGCUUAAACCCUCCAAGCAUGAAGACGACUCCAAAACCCUAACCCUAGCUCCUCUCUUCUCCUACCCUUCCCACAUCUCCCCUAUCACCACCGUCGCCGCCGCCGGACCCGCCGCUGCCUCCGGAGGCUCUGAUGACGCCAUCCACCUCUAUGACCUCCCCUCCGCCGCUUCCCUUGGCUCCCUGCUGGGACACAACCACACCGCCUCCAUCACCGCCCUCUCCUUCUUCACCCCUCCGUCGCUCUCCUUCCCGCGCAACCUCGUCUCCGCCGCCGCCGACGGAUCCGUCGCCAUCUUCGACGCUGACCCUUUUGUGUUGCUCAAGUCGUUUCGGCCUCACAAGAAGGGUGUGAAUGAUCUGGCGAUUCAUCCCUCGGGAAAGCUUGCUUUGACGGUGUCUCGGGACGAGUGCUUGGCGAUGUCGAAUCUGGUGAGGGGAAAGAGGAGCUUCUGUUGCAGAUUAGGUCAUGAAGCAAGUCUUGUGAAGUUUGAUUCCAGCGGGGAGAAGUUCUUCAUGGUGGUGAAUAGCAAGGUUGGAGUCCAUCAAGCUGAAGAUGCAAAGCUUCUGUUUGAGCUUGAGAACCCUAGUCGCAAGAGGAUUCUCUGUGCUUCCCCUGGAGAGAAUGGGACUCUGUUUACGGCUGGAGAGGAUCGGGCAAUCACGGCUUGGGACACAAAUUGCGGGAAGGUUGCUUAUUCCAUUGAAGACGCUCACCCUGCUCGUAUUAAAGGAGUUGUUGUUCUUACGAGGAACGAUAAUGAUGGUGCUUCGGAAGACCCGUUCUUGGUAGCUUCUGCAUCAUCUGACGGGAUCAUACGAGUUUGGGAUAUCCGAAUGGCCGUGAAGGAGAAGGCAAAACCAUUAGCCGAGACCAAUACGAAAUCGAGAUUGACAUGUCUUGCCGGUUCUUCUCUAAAAUCUCUACGGCGUACUCAGAUCGGAAAUGCGGCUCAGAAGGCGGAUGAAGCAGAUGACGGUGACUCGGACUGAGAGCUGAUUGAAGCUUUUUGUGUAUCAAAAAUUUUGAUCUGAUGGAAGGCCUGAGACGAGUUUUGGUGUAACUUAAAACAUGAUCUAUCAGCAGAAUUUUAGUCCUGAUACAACCGGGAAAGAGCAUAAACAUCAGCAUUGAUUAA